AUGAAUUUAUUUAAUAUCUUAAACUUUUUAUCUUCAGAUCUGCACAACUUGGACCUCAAGAAAUGGGAAGAGGAAGACACUUUUUAUCAGGAAACCCACAGCUUCCCUUCAAUGAUGCAAAAAGUGAGAGACCAACCAUAUGUAAUAUUUGUUGGAGUCCCAGGGUCAGGCAAAUCGGCUACAGCUCGUCACAUUGCACUAAAGCUCAAAAGUGAAAAUUACCAGGUUUUGCCCAUCAAUGACAUCAGAAAGAUAGAGGAUUAUUGUGAUACCAAUAAUCCACAGGUUUUUGUUAUGGAAGACGCUUUGGGUGUAUAUGGCCUUCAACAGUCGGAAUUGAAUAUCAUUCUCCGAUAUAAAGACAGAAUAAUUACACCAAUUAAUGAAAAUUCCAAAUUGCUGCUGACAUGUAGAGAGAUUGUAUUUAAUGAGGUUUUAUGUCACAAUGUCUUUUUAGCUGAAGACAACAAUGUCAUUAAGCUGUGCAAUUCUGAGCAUGAUUUAAAUGACCAUGACAAGAAACUAAUCUUAAAGAAAUAUGGAUUAGAUGAAGAUUUAAUGACCAGUUCAGAGCUUAGGUCUGCAUCUCCAAUGUUCCCUCUUCUUUGUAAAUUGUUUGUGAAAGACCAAAAAUUCAGAUCUCUGGGUUCAAAGUUUUUCAAGAUGCCUGUUCAGUGCUUCCUCGAUGAAUUGGAUAACAUGAGAUCAGAGAACAAAAUAAAUUAUGCAACACUUAUCAUAUGCAUGAUGAAUGGAGAUAUGCUCUCAAAAGAAAUUCUAAGGGACAAAAACAAUGCUCAAUUUAUGGAAAUGAAAAAAUUUGUGCUAGAAAGUUGUAAGGUAGAAAGUCACACAGAUACAUUCAAGUUUAUGGAUGCAUUGUCUGCAAUGAAAGGUACUUACACAAAAGAGAGUGGUGCAGAGUACUCAUUUAUUCAUGAUUACAUUUAUGAAAUCUGUGCAUUUCAUUAUGGUCAACAGUUUCUGGACCAAAUUUUACGUUAUAUGGACAGUUGUUACAUAGCAAACUAUGUAAUAGCAAAGAAUGUUAAAGCAAGUACAAGAAAUGCAGGUGAGGAUACCUAUGAUUUGUAUCUGAGGUUAAAUGAAGAUCAGUAUCCUAUGUUUGCAGAGAGGCUCUACAGAGACAUACAGGAACUGAAGCUGUACGAUGUCUUCAUGAACGAUUCUUUGAAACAUCCACAAGUAAUAAAGGCAUUCAUUGAUGUAUUGCAAAAAAAACCUUACUCUGAUAUCAAAUCUUUAUUCCUCUCGAAACAAGAAAGUGGCCUACACUUAGUACGUCAAGGGUAUCAUUUGAUAACAGAAAGUCAGAAGCAGUCAAAUGUGAGGAGUGAACUGAAAAGACUUGAGGUUUUGAUGGAUGAGAACUUGCAUUAUAAAACAAACAUGAUCAGUAUAAGAGUUAUCAGUUGGGUUAUUAUGUAUGGACAUUGUCAGAUCUUGCAGCAAAUUGUACAGCAAACAGAAAAUCAUGGUGAAACUAAAAGAGAACUAUUUAUGGAAAAUCAAGAUUCUAGACAUCCACAUUAUGAAAACAUAAUCAGUGAAAUGAAACAAAGGUCAAAUACUACAGAUUUAUCAAUGUAUUGCAAGUAUAUAGAGCAGACCAGGUUACUUGUAUUGGCUUGUUACAGUGGUGAUGUGGACACUGUGAAGACAAUUCUUCCUCACAUGGAUAGGGAGUCCAUAGACAGUAUAUGCCUGAGUAAUAUUCAUACACCACUGAUAGUUGCUUGUCAAAGUGGAGUUGUACAAGUUGUGGAAGAGCUUAUUAAUGCUGGAGCACAUGUCGAACAGCAAGAUUUACAAGGGAAUACACCACUGGUAACUGCAUGUAAAUGUGGACAUGAGGAUGUGAUGGAAAAACUACUCAGUGUAGGGGCAGAUAUUAAUCAUCCUGAUGGAAGAGGAAGAAGACCACUUGUAGUUGCUUGUCAGGAUGGACACUUGAUGAUGGUUAAGAAGCUUGUCAACUUAAAUGCUGAUGUAAAUUUAAAAUAUGGAGAUAGGAAUCCAUUAUUGGUAUGCUGUAAUGAAUUUGUAAAGGAAAUGGUGACUUUUAAAAAUGAACAAUGGCUAUGGAAGACGACCCCAAUGCAGGAAAAUGAUAGAUACACACCAUUGGUAGCAGCGUCUGAAGGUGGGUACUUGAGUUUGGUGAAUGUCUUGGUGAAAGCUGGCGGUGAGGUCAAUUUACAAGAUGGAGCGGGGAAUACACCAUUGGUGACUGCCUGCAAAAAUGGUCAUCUGAGUGUUGUGGAAGAGCUCGUGAAGUUGGGUGCUGAUGUCAAUCUGAGUGAUGGGAUGGGAGAUAUAGCAUUAGUAUCAGCAUGCAAUGAUGGAAAUCUGAAAAUGUGUAAUUUGUUACUGAACAUUGGAGCUGAUGUCAAUAAAAAAAAUAAGCGGAUGAAAACACCACUGGUAGCUGCGUUAGAACAAAAUUCUCAGUCAUGGGUACAGAGUUUGAUGAAACAUCUUCAUUUUGGUGGACUGGUCAACCUCCAUGCAACAGUACUGCAUUUUGCAUACAAAAUAAACAGACAAGAUUUAGUGAAUGCAUUGUUGAAAUUUGAGGACAGAAUUGAUUUAAAUUUAAACCUAUUUAACACUCUGGUUUUCAUUAGACAUGCCAGUGUAAAAAUGGAUAGCAAAGAUGAUGUUGUAAUCUCAAAGAGGAAUGCCUGGUGGAUGGUAACAAAAUUAUGGACAUUAAUCAGAACAUUGGACAGUGAUGGACUCAGUAAUCUUUUGCAGGGUGGUCUGGAUGUAAAUCUGCAGAUACAUGAUGACAAGAACAGCUAUAUUGAAGCAAGACCAUUGCUGCACAUACUCCUGAAUGAGAGAGGCUUAUUAAUUGUUGAAAGAGUAGAGAAAGUAAGGAUCCUACUCCAGGCAGGGGCAGAUGUGAAUGUAAGGGCAAUUUUUCGAGAAGAUGACAAUAUCAUUUUUUCAACAACAUUUGAUAUAUUCUUCAGAUGGCACAGCAAGCAAAAGAAUUACCCUUAUUAUAAAUUAGACUGGAAAAGUGGUGUUUCUGCUUUAAGGAGAUCAGGAAGAAUCUUUAAUGAGUACAGCAAUUUCGCAGAUGAAUUUGGCCACCUUUUCUUUGAAAAAAGAGAUGAGUACAAGAGCAUAAUUCAUGAAAUUAAGAAGCAUGUUAGAAGAUACUCUAUAUAA